UUGAGUGGUUGCCUGUAUGUAUGUAUUUACGUUAGUUGGUAAAAAGAGGCGCCAAGCACCCGUGCAUUAUCGAUACAAGCAUUUCACUUGAUGAAAUACCGGGGUUUAGUUGAAAAUAUUUGCAUAUAUAUCAAUUGGCGGUGAUAGUGAGAAUCACUCAUGGGGUAUAAUUGUGCAAAUAACAUUCGCAAUAUUUUGUAGCUAGCACAGUUGAAGUGUACACAGUAUAUAGUUGAGUGGCAAACUAGUGCGACAAUUAUCACUGUGAUAUGGUGCUUUGGUGUUUGAAAGUGUUGUUUAAGAGGUUGACAUUCUCGGAUUUGUUCUAAUUAAGUGUAAAGCUGUUGCUAAUGACAUAUCUCUUGGGUUACAUGGAAUUUUUCAUGUCAAUGUUAUAACACUGUUUAGUGACGCGCUAGUUACCUGUUUAUGCCAGUAGGGCUGCCAAGUAUCGAAAAUUUGUGCUAUACAAAAUGGCAAACAGAUCACAAGUGAAAUAUAGCCCCACCAGCACAGAUAAUGAUGAACGAGCGCGAACCGAGCAAUCCCACAGCCGUUGGGAGAAAAUCAAAAAGAAUUGUAUGUCACCAUGGUAUAAAAUGAUAUCAGUGGAACCCACAAUGUUCCUGUACAUGUUUGCCUUCAUGAUAACCUCUGUGGUGGAACAGGAUUUCUUCGUACAAAAAGCAUGUCGGGUGAAUAAUAAUUUUACCGAUGAGAUCUGUUCCAACAUUAAGGCGGAUGAGAAUGCCGCAUACAAAAAGCAAGUGCAGAUCACAACGGCGAAGUUCCAUCAAAUAGAGUCGAUUUCGGCGCAUGUGUUCCCCAUUAUAUUGGCUCUCUUCCUCGGUUCCUUCUCCGAUCGACGCGGUCGCAAAUUUCCACUUCUAAUGGGUCUGACCGGCAAAUUCAUCUACUCGGUUAUGAUCGUGGUGAACGCACGAAUGAAGACUUGGCCAUUGGAGUAUGUCAUUUACACCGCGACACUGCCCUCGGCGCUAACGGGUGCCGACGUCGCCAUAUUCGCUUCUUGCUUCGCCUACAUCUCGGACAUAUCAACGCUGAAAAAUCGUACGCUACGUGUAACCAUACUCGAUGUGUGCUAUUUGAGCGCUAUGCCAACGGGUGUGGCAUUAGGUUCAUAUCUCUUUUACAAUGCAUUUAAUAAGUCUUAUGCGGACAUGUUUACGGUGAAUGCCUCAUUGCUGGCGCUUUCAAUAAUUUACACUUUCUUUGCGCUCAAGUGGCAAACUACCGCUAAACAACGCUCUCUGCGCGAACUGGGCUGUUGCGGGUUCUUUCCAGACUUUUUCGAUAAAGAACAUGUCAAAGACUCUUUCUCGGUUUUAGUUAAGAAACGGCCUGGCCAUCGACGUCCCUUCCUCAUUAUUUUACUGAUCACUAUGGCCUUGUACACAUUCCAACGCGAUGAGAAUCAAUACUUGUUCCUCUACACCACAUUCAAAUUCAAUUGGAAUGUCGAUGUGUACAGCACAUUCAAAACAUUCAAGUCCACCGCCUACGUGGUUGCCAUGUUAGUGGCGGUGCCGUUGAUGAAUAAAGGAUUCCAUUGGAAGGAUACGACUAUCAUCUUCAUUGGCGCUUGGGCGCACGCAAUUGCGCGUUUCUUUUACUAUUUCGCACAAACAGGCACACUGUUCUACGUGGGCGCGCUCAUUUGCAGUUUGGGUCCCAUAGUUGGUCCAAUGAUUCGUGCGAUGACAUCGAAAAUUGUGCCUCAAUCCGAGCGCGGCAAGGUUUUCGCUCUGCUUGCUGUCUGUGAUAAUGCCGUACCGUUCAUUAGUGGUGUCUUCUAUUCGCAAGUUUAUCGCGCUACCUUAGAUGAUGAUGGCAAGGGUGGUCAGGGUGUUUUCCUGUUGACCAUAGCCACACAGUUAGCCGUCUUCGUACUGAUACUCGCUAUUCAUCUCAUUCUUGGCGAACAAUCACUGGCCGUUCCGGAAGUUAGCGAGAAAGAAUCUCAACUCAUACAUGAGAAUGAGGCUAAUGGCGCGCCUAAGAUAGCUGAUAAUGGUGCUGAGUCUCCUAAAAUCGCUGCUCUAAGCGCAAAUGUUGAGGAGAAGGAAAAUUCCACGACAACGGGGACUGCGUAACGGAAACGACACGACACAGAGAGUUAUUACUCUGACCGAAAGUUGUCAUACCAACGGCAUUUUUAAACUAGAUAUUUGAGAAGCUUUUUAUGCUGUUAUAACAGCAACAAUAACUAGGGAGCGAAGUAUCGUAGAAUUUUAAAAAUAUUUGUUAUAUAAUAAUUUAAAUACUAACGAUAAGAAUUUGAAGAAUGAGACAAAUAUUGUUUUUAAAAUGUUUAUAAUUUAUAAUAAUAGAAUAAAUUGAACCAUACACCGAGAAA